UAAUCUGGUUGCAGGAUGAAGUGGCUGUUGGUGUGUGUGGCAGCAGCUCUCUGUGGCGUUGCGCAAGGUCGGAGUGAAGAUGAUGCGAGGAUAAUAGCAGCCAGGUCGACCAAGACAGCCAUCUCUCUCACCACCUCCACCACCGUCACCCCCUACACCUGCGCCUUCCUCACCAACGCUGCCGUCUGCCAGAGGCGCCGCUACCGACGCUACUCUGCCCUCACCCCUGAUGAAGCCUCAAACGGCAUGGAUAAGAUAGACGGACCACUAGAAGGGUCACUGUUGGAGUCAGACCCCAGCAACCGUGAGGGCCGCAUCGCCAUCACCAUCUGGACCACCGUCACCACCAUCUACACGGUCACCUCCACCUCCAUCAACAGCGCCACCACGUUCUCCCUCUCCUUCUACUGCACCGUCAACGGCGCCUCCUUUCCCCCCGCCUGCGACUUAUCCAUGAAACUGCUUAUUCUCGGCGUCUGCCUGGGCGUCCUCUUCUGUGCAGCUCACGCUCGUGACAGUGAUGAUCUGAGGAUCGUGGCAGCCAGGUCGACCAAGACUGCUGUCUUCCUCACCACCUCCACAACGACAGCGCCUUUCACCUGCGCCCUGGCAAUAGGUACCAACGUCUGCCAGAGGCGCAGCUACAGACGGUACCGUCGCUACACCAACAUCGAAGACACGCCCGUAGGCACAUUUGAGUCGUCAGCACUGGACGGUACACUAAGGCAGGACGAGGCAGACAAGUUGUCCCUUAUUGACAGCCCGGCUAGAGACCCACGCAUCGCCUUAACCGUCGUCUUCACCUCCUCCUCCACCUACACCGUCACUGCCACCUCCACUAACACAGCCGUCACCUUCUCCUUGUCCUUCUUCUGCACAGUUAAUGGAGCCAGCUAUCCCCCACGAUGUGGUUAGCUGAGGCUGGGACGCUGACUGAAGGACAGGACCAAGACUCUCAGUGUGCGGGUGUUUACUUUAUUACAUUCACGAGGAAGUACUAAACCCAUAGAUGGUCAUACAGCGUCUGGGGUAGGGGAAGUAACAAGGUUUGAUCCAGGGAACGGGAAGGUAGCUCGAGUUCCUUGGACGCAGAGGCCUUCAUUAGCAUCGGAGACUCCGAAAAACCCUUCCAGCUAAAGUAUAUUUUUUUCAGGAAACUGAAAAUUUUCACACUUUUGCGGUGGGUUUAGCAGUUUCCAGGAUUAUAAUAAUAAUCGUCAUAUUUAUUUUCAAUGUUCCAUUUUUUAACUUGAUUCAAAAUUUUCAGAUAAUGAAUACUCUGGCUUUAUUCGUUGUUUACUUUUUUAACUAAUAAAUAAAUCCGCGGAGCAGCGAGGCUGUGCUACCUGAUCCUCCAACCUGCACACUGGGAGUCUUAAUACUUUUAUGAUGGCCAAUUCUUUCAAGACAAGUUUCAUUUAAUUUAUAAUCGUUCAUGUAAUAUGUUCAGAUAAGGGUCAAUUAUGUAAAUAUGAGAAUAUAUACAUAUUUAAUAUUGAUUUGACUUUCAUUAUGAAUUUACCUCAGUGACCAUACCUUCCACAAUUUUCUUAUGAGAUUUAUCUUCAGCAUUAGUUUUGUUACUUUCUUAAAAUUCACAACUAUUCUACAAUUUAAAAUGAAAACGGGAAUGACAUAU